AUGAGGAUCCCCAUAACGAGCCUCGAGAUCGAUGCACGUAUUAUCGAGCUCAACAACGAACUCCGAAACACCGGCCCUGUUUCCUUCGGCACCCAGGCCUUCAACUCCCGACCUCCGUCCUUCCAGCCGCCCGCCCAGGAGCCUCCGGUCCUCUACUCCGAGCCGAUGCAGAUCGACGCCGCCGUCGUCAGCCGCCUGACCCCCGAGGAGAAGAACCGCCGCUUCCAGGAGCGCCUCUGCUUCCGCUGUGGCAAGCCCGGCCACGUCGCCAAGUCCUGCCCCCUCAAGUCCGGCUCCCGUGCUCCCGCCUCUGGUUCCCGCUUCCCUGGCUCCCGUCCUCAGGCUCCCGGCUCCCGUCCCCGUUCGAAGGCUGUCCGAACCAUCGUCUACGAUGAUGGUGAGGAGGAGCACUUCGAGUCGGGAAACGACCAGGCCCAGGCCCAGAUCUAA